CGCAAUCGCUGGGGUGGCCCCAAUCGCCAAAUUGCCGUUGAGAAAAGCAGGCGAUCUGUCCUCGUCGCCAAACGACCCCUAAAAUCCAAACCUGUAAGAAGAGAAGAAGAAGAAGAAGAAGAAGCAGAAGGAGUAGGAGGAAGAGAAAGUUCGAGAAUUUGGAACAGCGAUGGAUGUGCCGAGCUCAUGGGACGCCCUUCGCAAACAGGCUCGGAAGCUUGAAGCUCAGUUGGAUGAGCAGAUGAAUUCAUAUCGUAAGGUGGUUUCCACAAAGGUCACUACAAAAAAUGAUACUUCAGAGAAUGAUCUUCAAUCUGGGAUAGACCAACUGUUAAAACAGCUCCAGCAAGUAAAUUCGCAGAUGCAAGCUUGGGUAUCAUCGGGGGGAUCAGAAAUGGUUUCUCACACCUUGACUAGGCAUCAGGAGAUCCUUCAAGAUCUCACUCAGGAGUUUUAUCGUCUCCGCUCCAGCCUCAGAGCUAAGCAAGAACAUGCUUCACUCCUCGAGGAUUUUAGAGAGUUUGAUCGAACAAGAUUAGACUUGGAAGAGGGUGUUGGUUCUGAAGAGCAAGCCCUCCUAAAAGAGCAUGCAUCUAUUAGCCGAGCUACAGGACAGAUGGAUACUGUGAUUUCGCAAGCUCAGGCAACACUCGGUGUACUUGGCAUCCAACGUUCUACUUUUGGUGGUAUCAAUUCAAAGCUCAGCAACGUUGGCAGCCGCCUCCCAACGGUUAAUAGUAUUCUCUCAUCAAUAAAGAGAAAAAAGUCUAUGGAUACCGUUAUACUUUCACUAGUUGCAUCCGUGUGCACAUUUCUCAUUUUUAUCUACUGGUUGACCAAAUGAGGCUGUAUAUUAUUUGUGUUUUGACUUUUUGUGGCCCGUGCUUUUGGUGAAAUUGUAUUCUUAUUCUGAAGCUUCUUGUGGGCUAAGGAGGUUGUCUUAUGUUGAUGAGGUGACAUUUUUUGAAGGGUAUAAAGUGCAUUAUUUCUUAUUGGUCUCUGUAACAGAUUGCAAUUCCUAGUGAAAUCCAAACUUUCUAGCUUA